AACCAGAUUGGAUAUCUUAUCCACCACGAACCCGCCAAUCUUAACUCACCCCACUGCUCAUCUAACACCCCCCUUCACUCUCCUCUCAUGGACACUUUCUUACUCAACCACUCUCUCUCCCGCCUCAAAGUCUCCCCUAAACUCCCUCUCUCCCUCCCUUCUCCUCCUCCUCAUUCUCUCACUCUCUCCACCAAGCCGACUCACCACCUCACCUUCAUAAUUCGCGCAAUUCAAAACCAACAAGCACAACCAGCUCUCCAAGACGAUGAUGACUCCGCGUACGGCGAAGUCGACAAGAUCAUCGGUAGCCGAGCACUCGAAGGCGGCACCGGAAUGGAGUAUUUGAUCCAAUGGAAGGACGGCCACGCCCCUUCGUGGGUUCCUCAGGAUUUCAUCGCUAAAGACGUGGUAGCCGAGUAUGAAACUCCGUGGUGGACCGCAGCUAAGAAAGGCGAUGAAACGGCAUUAAAACAGCUCGUUGAAGCGGAUGACGAACGAGACAUUGACGCCGUUGAUAACGACGGCCGUACUGCUCUUCUUUUCGUAUCCGGGCUCGGCUCUGAGGGGUGUGUCAAGAUUUUAGCAGAAGCCGGGGCUGAUUUGAAUCAUCGUGAUAACAGCGGCGGCUUGACGGCGCUUCAUAUGGCAGCUGGGUACGUGAAGCCGGGAGUGGUGAAGCUGCUACUAGAGCUUGGAGCUGAUGCUGACGUGGAAGAUGACAGAGGUUUAACGCCGUUAGAUUUGGCUAAGCAGAUAUUAAACGUGACACCGAAGGGGAACCCAAUGCAAUUUGCGAGAAGAUUGGGGCUGGAAACCGUAAUAAGGAAUUUAGAGGAGGCGGUAUUCGAGUACGCGGAGGUGCAGGAGAUUAUGGAGAAGCGAGGGAAGGGUGAUCACGUUGAGUAUUUGGUCAAAUGGAAGGACGGUGGAGAUAACGAGUGGGUCAAAGCGGGGUUGAUUGGGGAGGAUUUAGUGAGGGACUAUGAAGCCGGGUUGGAAUACGCUGUGGCGGAGGGUGUACUUGGGAAGAGAAUGGGUGAUGAUGGGAAGAGAGAGUAUUUGGUUAAAUGGACGGAUAUCGAUGACGCCACGUGGGAGCCUGAGGAGAACGUCGAUCCUGAUUUGAUCAAGGAGUUUGAGCAGGUUGAUGGUGGGGUCCCAUUAAGUGAGACUAAUGGGCCUGACCCCACUAGAUCUUAGGGGCUUGUAAUUUUUUUUGGUUUACCGUUGAGCCUAUUGUUGAUUAAUGAUUUAUUAUUUGAAGUUUGAAAAUUAGUAAACCAAAACCCAAGAUUUGUCAAAUAUUUAAUCAAAGUAUUAAUAUGGAAGAAUUCACUGGAAGGAAAAAACUUGGAUUUUAUUUCA